AUGGAAAAUCCAGCUGUUGAAGAAAAAGGAUUAAAAUGUCAUAUUUGCAGCAAACUUUUCAACUCGAAACAGGGUUUGAGGAAUCACAUCAUUAUGCACAACGGUGAAAAACCUUACGAAUGUCAAAAUAACAAUAAGCUGUCCACCAAAAAACAGGUUUCGCAAAAACACAAUAUUUCGCACACCGGUAAAAAACCUUACGAGUGUGAAAUUUGCCACGAGAAGUUUCCCGCUAAACAUACCUUGCUCGCACACACCAUGUCGCAUACUGGUGAGAGACCUUACAAAUGUCAAACUUGCCAUAAAAGAUUCACCACUAAAUGGACAUUGAGGAAGCACAGUAUCAUUCACGACGAUGAAAAACGAUACGCCCAUGAAUGCGAAGUAUGCCAAAAGAAAUUCGCCUACAAGCAGGGUUUGACCAGACACAAUCUUUUGCACACUGGUGCGAAACCUUUUGAAUGCGAUAUCUGCCUCAAGAAGUUUUCGUUUAAGCAGGCCUUGACAAGGCACAACGCCCUGCACACUGGCGAAAAACCCUACCAGUGCGGCGUUUGCCUCAAGAAGUUCAGCUCCAGAUGGGUCUUGAACAAGCACAGUAUAUUGCACAGUGGUUUAAAUGCCUACGAAUGCGAGAUAUGCCACAAGAAGUUUGCCUACAAGCGCAGUUUGACCAAUCACCACUUUUUGCACACUGGCGCGAAACCUUUCCAAUGCGAUAUCUGCCACGAGACGUUUCCGUUCAAGAGAACUUUGGCACAUCACAUAUACCAACAUAUCGGCGUGAAACCUUACCAAUGUGAUGUUUGCAACAAGCAGUUUGCAUUCAAGAACGUCUUGAUUAGGCACAAUAAUAUGCACGCUCGUGUACGCUCUCCCGGCAGCGAGAUUACCCAGAAAGAGCUACCCAACAAGGACUAUUCAAAAGAGAAACAUUCUGUGCACCUCGAAUCACACAAAGUGACGAGCGAAUUUGACAGUGUUGUCAAACAAGAAUGUGAUAACGAAAUUGAGUAUUCCGAAAUUGAAUUGGCACCGCAAGGAGUCGAAAAACCAAUAGAAACAAAAGAAGAAGAGGAAGAGGAGAGUGACAUUUUCCAUGAAACAUAUUCAAAUGAGGAAGAUUCGAAUUUGCACAGUGUUGUCAAACAAGAAUGUGAUAUCGAAAUUGAGUAUUCCGAAAUUAAAUUGGAACCGCAAGAAGUCGAAAAACCGAUAGAAACAAAAGAAGAGGAAGAGGAGAUUGACAUUUGCCAUGAAACAUAUUCCAAUGAGGAAGAUUCGAAUUUACACCUUGAAUCACACAACGUAAAGAGUGUAUUCGACAGUGUUGUCAAACAAGAAUGUGAUAGCGACAUCAGGUAUUCCAAAAUUAAAUUAGAACCGCAAGGAGUCGAAAAACCAAUAGAAACAAAAGAAGAGGAAGAGGAGAGUGACAUUUGCCUUGAAAGAUAUUCCAAUGAGGAAGAUUCGAAUUUACACCUUGAAUCACACAAAGUGAAGAGUGAAUUUGACAGUGUUGUCAAACAAGAAUGUGAUAUCGAAAUUGAGUAUUCCGAAAUUGAAUUGGCACCGCAAGAAGUCGAAAAACUAAUAAAAACAAAAGAAGAAGAAGAGGGUGAGAUUUGCCAUAAAACAUAUUCGAAUGAGGAAGAUUUGAAUCGCACAAAGUGA